GGAGAUGCAGAUUUCAUUUUUCAGCAGGACUUGGGACCUGUGCACAGUGCCAAAGCUACCACUACCUGAUUUAAGGACGGUGGUAUCCAUGUUCUUGAUUGGCCAGCAAACUCGCCUGACCUCACCCCCAUAGAAAAUCUGUGGUGUAUUGUGAAGAGGAAGAUGUGAUAUGCCAGACCCAACAAUGCAGAAGAGCUGAAGGCCACUAUCAGAGCAACAUGGGCUCUCAUAACACCUGAGCAGCGCCACAGACUGAUCGACUCCAUGCCACGCCGCAUUGCUGCACCAAUUCAGGCAGAAGGAACCCCAACUAAGUCUUGAGUGCUCAUACUUGUCAUGUUCAUACAUCAUACAUAAAGACAAACAUCAGUUGGCUAACAUUUCUAGAAAUAUUGUUUUUUUAUCGGUCUUAAGUAAUAUUUAAAUUUUCUGAGAUACAGAAUUUGGGAUUUUCAUUAGUUGUCAGUUAUAAUCAUAAAUUAAAAUAAAUACACACCUAAAAUAUCAGUGUGUGUAAUGAAUGAAUAUAAUAUACAAGUUUGACUUUUUGAAUGGAAUCACUGAAAUAAAUCUACUUCAUGAUAUUGAUAUUGAUUGAUGAUACUUUCACAAUUAUACAACUAGCACCAAUAUUUUACAGCACUGACGAUAGAUACCUUUGUCAUCCAUCACAUCCUCAGAUAUGACACGACCAAGGAAGACCAAGACAUCCACAAAGCCUGACGCCUCAUUGGCAGCCCGUAUGCACACUCACCUACCGUCGUAACCCGCCAGUGCUGCCAUUUGCGGAAAUGUCACGAACAAGGGACACUUGAGAUUCUGGGAGGCCACCAGAAGGCUGUCGAUGGCGCCUUACAACAUGUUGUUAAUGAGACAACCAAAGAGAUGAUAGCUCGUUCCUUUGCCACCAUAGUCACACAUCCCUUUCAUGUGAUUACAUUGCGAUGUAUGGUGCAGUUUAUUGGAAGAGAAACAAAAUACAGUGGAGUCUUUGAUUCCAUCAUCACCAUCUACAGAGAGGAAGGAAUGCUGGGCUUCUUCGCUGGAUUGAUCCCUCGUCUCCUUGGAGAUGUCUUCGCUCUGUGGAUUUGUAACCUGCUGGCUCACUUCAUCAACACAUACGCUAUUGAUGAUUCGAUGAGCCACACAGGAGAAAUCAAGAACUGCUCUCAGGCUGUGACAGGGUUCUUUGCCAGCAUGCUCACAUACCCUUUUGUUUUGGUGUCAAACAUCAUGGCUGUCAAUAACUGCGGGCUCACUGGAGGGCUCCCCCCCUAUGCAUCAGUAUAUCCUACCUGGGUUCACUGCUGGAAACAUCUAAGCAGAGAGGGCAACAUGAGCAGAGGAAACAGUUUAUUCUUCCGGAAGCUUCCAGCAGGAAAGACGUACGCAAUUGAUCAGCAAAGAUUUUAUUAAAGAAAAUGAGGCAACAAUAGUGUGAAAAUGCAAGCAAAACAACCAUGUGUCAUCUGAGGGAUUUCCUGUUCUUCAAUAAUUUGUGUAUGCACUUGUUCCGGUUUAUAACAUUGUGAAUUAAAAUCAAAUAAUUUCCAAGUCAGGUUUUCAUAUUACACCAAAUACAAUGGGAUUUCCUUUAAUUGAUGGACCAAGUUAGUCAAACAAUCCUCAAUGUUAGAACAGGUUGAACGGUCACUGGCCGUCCCUCAUGUUUUUCUUGUCAUACAUUAUUCCUCUAAAUAUUAUGUUUUUUUUAACACUUCAUAUUGCAUGUGAUGUAAUGUCUAACAUUGUGAUGAUCAAGCGGGUUCGGCAUGUAAUUUUGUUUUUCCUGAUUUUGGAAUCAGACUGGUCAUUGUCCAAUCACAUACACGAAUAUGAAACUCAACAGACCUUUCUAUCUGUGACAGUAGUCAAGUGCUUCUAUCAAUUAUAUAAAAUAAAAGUUACCUUUUUGUGUGUGUGUAAA